AUGGUCUUCCGGAUGUCCCUCUGGCGGCAGACCCUCAAGCAGGCCGGCGACGACCACCAGCAAAAGCUUGACGCCCUGACUCGCAGUGGUAACAAGACCAUUGCAUACCUGUGGGAAGUUGAUCUGGGACGGGCCGCCAAGGGCGAUGCUAGCGGCAGACUACCGCAGCUGCCGCUGCAGGUCCAGUGGUACCCCGAUUCAGCGCAUGUCAAGUGGUUCAACACCAGGGAGGACCUCACUCUCGCCACUCACCUCAAGGGCAAGGUCGUGGUCCUCGACUUUUGGACCUAUUGUUGCAUCAAUUGCAUACAACUGGUCCCCAAACUGCACGAGGUCGAGCAGCGGUAUGCAGGCAAUCCAGAGGUGGUGUUCGUGGGCGUGCACAGCCCUAAAUUCGAGAACGAGAAGGAGGACGCCAGCGUGAGGGACGCCAUCAUCAAACACGAAAUCGACCACCCCUGCGUCAACGACCCCGAUCGUCACCUAUGGAGACACAUUGGCGCGGGCGGGUGGCCUUCGCUGGCGGUGAUCUCGCCAUCGGGGAGCCUCGUGUACAUCACCGUGGGCGGCGGGCAGCAGAAGAUGAACGAACUCCAAGCGCUCGUCGACUCCCUGCUCCUCCUCUAUGCGGCCGAGUCCGAUCUGCGCCAGAUCCGCAGGCAAGUGGUCGAGUUCACGCAGCGCAGGAAGGCCUCGAGCGACGACGAUGGCGAUGGUAGCCAGCAGGCUGAGCCACAGACGACCGUGGUGGACAAGGGGAAGCAAAAUGACGUCGACGACGAUGACGAAGAAGAAGAUGAUGGUCAGGCAUUGCCUCCGCUCAAUCGCAAGCCGGUCCAGCUCGCGCUCGAGAAGGACAAGCUGGCCCUGGGCCAGGCGCCCCUACGGUUUCCACACGGCGUAGCGGUCGAUCGCGAGGGUGACCGAAUGUUCGUCGCCGACUCGGGCCACCACCGCAUUCUCGUGCUCUCCCUCGACGGCGCGUUCAGGACAGCAAUCGGCAGCGACGAUGCCACUACUGGUCUCGUGGACGGAGACUACGCCACCGCACGCUUUCAUUCUCCGCUCGGCCUGUCCUACGCCGGUGAAGACAAGCUGUACGUGGCCGACAGCGAGAAUCACUGCAUUCGCUGCGUCCGGCUGGCCGAGGAGCGGGUGGUGACCGUGGCCGGCACAGGGCAGCGAGGCUACGAGCGGAAGGGCGGCGGAAGGGCGCUCGAGUGGAGCCUAAGCAACCCGUGGGACGUGGCCAGCCACGGGCACGACCUCUAUAUUGCCAUGGCCGGCACCCACCAGAUAUGGAAGUACAACGAACAGAGCGAAGAGAUCUCGCUGGUGAGCGGAAGCGGGUCGGAGCUAAACUUCAACCAUGAUGACGACAUCUUGCAGUCGGGCUGGGCGCAGCCAUCAGGAUUGAGUGUGGCCCACGACAGCAAAAAGGGCGACGUGUCCCUCUUCGUGGCCGACGCCGAAUCGAGCACCGUGCGCGCCACACACUUCGGACAGGAUCGGAGCUAUACCGAGACUAUCGUCGGCGGAGGGCUGGACCCAUCGGACCUGUUCGCCUUCGGCGACGCCGACGGCAAGGGCACGGCCGCGCGGUUGCAGCACCCGCUGGGCGUGCUCUACAUUCCGGCGGCCGCCGGAGCGGCGAGGAAGGGGCUCGGAGGCUCCGUGGUGGUUUCGGACACCUACAACCACCGCCUCAAGCUCGUCGAUCCACGCAAGAAGGCCGUCGUCACUCUCGCCGGCACCGGCCGCGCGGCACUGAUCGACGGAACCGGGGUCGAGGCCGCGUUUGCAGAGCCGACCGGCCUGGCCCUGCACUCUUUGAACGGAUCAGGAGAGCCGGUCGUGGUGGUGUGCGAUACCAACAACCAUGCGCUGAGGUUGCUCAACCUCGCAACGCGCGGGGUGAAGACGCUCGAUAUCACGGGCGUCCCCAGGCUGACUGCGGCCGUGCCCGAGCCUUCAACGACGACCGAUUCCACGCGGCCCGUUCCGGCCUACCUCGGCCUCCAGCGCCAGCCCAUCGAGGCGACGCUGCACGUGGCCGACACGCCCAACGGUCAGUUUGCGCUGAAGCUUACCGCACCCCCAAAACACCACAUUUCCGCCGGGGAAUGGAAGGUCCAUCUGGUCCCGGAGUCGUGGAUCAAGUUGGCCCAGGCGAAGGGCCGCUUGCCCGGUCGGGCGGAAGAUGACGGAGCCGUCGUCAUCGGCUUCACGAUCGAGGCGCUGGCGAAGACGAAGCCGAAGAAAAGAACGAAGCGCGACGAGGUGGUAUACGUCGAGGCCAAGGCCUACUUUUGCGCGGACGAGGUGGAGGGCGAAGGAGAAGGGGAAGAUGAUGGUGGAGUGUGUCAAAGCGACGCCAUCGUGUUCGAGAUCAAGCUGCGCAUCACCGACAAGGAGCCGAAGAUGACGACAGCAAUGACCAACGUCAUAGCCCUCAACCACAGCUUUGCAAUUAUGCACCCUCGAGACCGACCACUCUUGGCGCGGCCGCCGCGCCUGCGGCCUCCGUUGGCGUGGCCCGGUGCGGCUCGGAUGGCGCGCACCAGCUCGAUGAAGGCCUCGUCGAUGUUGAUGCGCGACUUGGCCGACGACUCCAGGAAUCUGCAGCCGCCCCAGGACUCGGCCAGCCGGGCGCCUUCCCGGGCCGCCACCACGCGCUUGGUGUCGGCCAGAUCGCACUUGUUCGCCACCAGCACCGUGGGCACAGUGGCGGUGUUCUGCGCGUGCAAGACCUCGUCCCUGAACCGCGCCACCUCGUCAAACGAGUCGCGGGAGGUCAUGUCGUAG